UAGUUUUAGCAUUUAGCUGUAAAAAUGAGUUUGUUUUUACCGAAAUUAUCGUGCAAAAAGGAUAUAGAUGAAGCCAUUAAAGGUGUAGCGGAAAAGGUCCUCGUCCUGAGAUUUGGGAGAGACGAGGACUCUGUUUGUCUGCAGCUGGAUGAGAUACUUUCAAAAACAGCACAUGACCUGAGUAACAUGGCGUCUAUUUAUAUCGUUGAUGUGGAUAAAGCUCCUAUUUACAGCAGAUAUUUUGACAUAAGUUACAUCCCCUCCACUGUUUUCUUUUUCAACGGGCAGCACAUCAAAGUGGAUUAUGGUUCCCCAGAUCACACAAAGUUUGUCGGGAGCUUUAAGACCAAACAGGAUUUUAUGGACUUGAUUGAAGUAAUUUACAGAGGAGCCAUGAGAGGGAAGAUGAUCGUCCAGAGCCCCAUAGACCCUCGAAAUGUACCCAAAUAUGAUCUUCUGUACCAUGACAUUUAGUGCUGACUGCGUCUGUUGUUUAUUACUAUGUU